AUGGACCACCUUAACGGCGGAGAAGAAGAAGAAGAGAAAGAACAAGGAGAAGAAGAAGUGAAGAACGACGAUGGUGGCGUCCCUCUCACCACGUCGUUGUGCGAGCGACUGAUCAACAGGACUGUCGGGCCAACACCAACGACUACCGACAACGAGCCUAAGAAGCCCACCAUGGUGGAUGCCACUAUAUUCCGGCACCCAGACGCGGCUUGCUUGCACCACGGCAAACAGAAAGGCCGUUGGCGGCACGAAGUUCACGACCACUGCUGCAAGCAACCCUCCAGUACCAACUGCCAGUACCACUGGUCCGUCCCAUACUUCCGCAUCAAAAUUGCCAAUGACCCUCUCGCCACUCUGAAGCGCUGGAUCAUCAACCACAACAGAACUCUCGACGGCGACAUCAUCCCACGGGAUUCCUCUUUGCUAUUUGUCAUGCUGGGAGUCGAGCGUUUCAAUUACGGCUAUGUAGCCGACCAGAGCGAGUUCCAACCACACCAUCUCCGCCACGCAAUCGCCUUCGCCAUCGAGCAAAUUACUAGCAACUAUGCGGAAGAGGAGAGUCUCAGAGAGUAUGUGAGUCGCCCACCAUAUCGGUACCCUCACGUUGCCGGAGGUGCAGCGGACCGACUGGCGCAGGCCAUGAAAUGGUGGCCGAAUGAGCGGCAAACGGCACACAUGACACUAGAGGAGUUGUGCGAUUGGUUGUUCAAGAUGGCCAAGGAAUACGAUAACUCGCGACAAUGGAUCGAACGGAUGACGGAGGUUGUUGUGAAUGCCAAGUGGCAAGAGGCUGAACGCGGAAACGAGGGAGAGAUUCAAGACUUAUUGAAUCUGAACUUCAUCGACAAGGAAAUGGUCGCUCAGCACUGCGGUUGUUCGGAUUCUGAACGGGACUGA